UUGUCUGUUCUUUGUAGCCGCUAUCAUGCAAAUAAAUCUCGUCCACGAUGGAAGAAGCAUGCCCAUAGUGAACAGUCUCAGGAUGCGAUUCGACCUCGAUCCCGCGAACGCUCCCCGGAACCGCCCCGAAAUGAUGAUGUGAUGGCCUCCACCAGCCUUCCUAUGGGUCGAUCACAGGAACCCAUGUCUCACGCCAGCACCGGCCACCCCGUGGAAGUGACAAAAGAAGUCGAAGAGCGUUUCGUGACCGACGACGAUAUAAAUGCUGCUGCCGCAAAAUUGAUGAAGGCAGAACUCAUGGGCGACAAGACCAAAACAGCGAAACUGAAGUCGAACUUGGAGAAGAUGCGGGAGGCGCAGCAUCGAGGCAUUAAAAUUCGUCUCACGAAAACUGUCUCGGCCGAACGACCGUCCGAUGACAGGGUCGUCCACCUGACCACUCUGAACAGAUAUGGACAGGAAAUGCCUCUACACCUCGGUGCGCAGCCUUCUCUCCCCUUGGCGACACGGUAA